UCCUGUAUAUGGGCAGUAACAUCUGGAUUUUGAUAUGAUGAUGUAUAUGCUGUCCUCAUCAUAAAGGAAAACAGCUGACAACAUAUUACAGAACAGCAGUGGAUUAAGAAUGUCGGAGACAAUCUAGGGAUUCCAUACUGUCAUUGCCUACCUUCAUCAACAAUUCAUCCUAUUAUAAUUGCCGGAUUUCAAGUGCUUAUAUGUACAGCUGCUGCUGGACAGUGACUGACAAAUCUAUACAUGGCUGCUGAGUACAGCCGUCAUACCUGUACAGGAAACUGUCUGUCGAUAACCAGGCUCCUCAAUAACCAGGGGCACAGUCUGCCUAUACACAAAUGUACCUGAAACUUGAAAAUUAAUCUAGACAAUCUUCUACUUGUGGCUGUUGGUAUAUAAACCCAGACAAAUAUACUAGACAGUCUUGUGAUUUAUGGUCAGCUGGCCAUGUGAUGAAAUGCAAAUUUGGAGGAGGAAUUAGCCGAGGGAUGCCUGUGUCUGAGUUUCAUGGUUGUCAUUGAGUGGAAUACACCAUAAGGCAUCACGUCACUGUCUGGAGAUUAAAACCAGGCAAAUUUGAAUAUCAUUUAUUUGAGUAGAAUUUUAAAUCAACUUUUGUUUUUUCUUUAGAAAAACCAAAAUGCAUAAAAUGUGGAGCAUAUGUCCUUGAUAGUAGACAGGUAUCUAGUGUGUUUGUUUGAGGGGUACGAUUCUGAUGGGCAGGGAACCUCUCCGAUUCUGAUGGGCAGGGAACCUCUCCGUUAAAAACAAUCACUGAUGUAUAAAAAAAAAAGCAAACUAAUCCGUCUGUGUUAGGGGCACUUGGAGAAAUGAAGGUACGUCCCACCCGACUGAUUAGGACUCUGUUUAUGGUCAUUCUUGUUCUCUUCGUUUUUCUCAACAUGCACGUGCUGAUGCACUUUCAACCGCGAAACGGUGACGAAAUAAACCGAUCACUACUUCACAAACUUCGUCACCAAGGCAACUGGGGAGAUACAGCACAUGUACAAACACGAUUGUCUGAACUCAGUGAUGCCAAAAAUCCCAAUGAUUCCAGUGGAUUGGAAGUAUUUAUACCUGUUAAUCAAUAUAAUAAGACAUUCCUUCAUCGUGAUAUUGAAGAGAGUAAUCUUACGCAGAUUCGUCUUGAAGUGGAAAGAGCCAAUCGCGAACAGUUUAUACACAACCUCCAUAAGUUUGGUUUAAAACUGAAAUCUGACAGUGUCGUUAUAGUAGUACAAGUUCAUGAUCGUUCACAGUACCUCCAGAUCCUGAUAGAUUCAUUACGAAAAGUAAAUCAAAUCAAAGACUCACUUUUAAUAUUUAGUCAUGACGUAUAUUCCGACGAAUUGAAUAGGAUUGUACAUUCAGUGGAUUUUUGUCCG